AUGGGUGAAAUCGCAAAUACGUUUAUCUGGGAAAUUGGAAGUUUUCAAGAUUAUGUUAAAAAAAUAUCUCAUGGAGAUUCCUUUUCUAGUACAAAAUUUUGUAUGCCACAAAAUUGUCAAAAAAAAGAUGGUAUCAAACCUACUUUAUGGCAAUUACAUUUAUAUCCGAAUGGUGAUUUCGGAGCCGGAAAUUAUAUUUCGGUAUCUCUUGAAGCAAUUAAGACACCAUUUGAAAUUUCAAAUAAUAUAAACGAAAGGGAACAAAGACACAAGAUUGGAAUUGGGAAAAUUGUUGACAAUAAAUCAUUCAUGUCAAAAAAUUUUAUCAAAAAAGUUACAGGGAUCAAACAUAAUUACAAUUUCGAUAACCCACCUGCAACUUGGAGCCUUGACCAAUUAAUUUCAUUGAACGCAAUUUUUCCUGAUGGAAAUAAAUUCAAAUCAAUUGACAUAUUUAUUCAAAUUACAUUUAUUGACUUUGAAGAAAGUUUUGAAAGGAAUGAGAUUUUAUAUGAAAAAUCAGAGAAAGCUUUUGGAGAUGAAGAUUUGACGGAUAUCGAAUUUAAUUUUGAUUGUGAUAAAAUCGUUAAGGCACAUCGUGUGAUUUUAGCUAUGGGAUCCAAAUAUUUUAAAGAAAAAUUUCAAGGAGAGUGGAAAGGCAAGAAAAAAGUAACAAUUGAAGAUACAUCUUGUAUGGCAUUUCGUGCUGUUAUUUAUUUUAUUUAUACAGGAAAAUUGAUGUAUGAGGGAUGUGGAUGUUGUAUUCUUGUUAACAUUCAUAUUGAAACUCGUAAAUUAGCUGAUAUGAUGGGAUUAACGAAGUUAAAGUGCUUAGUUGCAAAGGAAAUGCCUAAAUCUUUAAAUGAAGGUAAUUGGGACAAAUUUUUAUUGAUAGGAUGGAAAACUAACGAUAAAUUUUUAAAAGAUAUCGUAUUGGAAUAUGCCGCAAAGAAUUGGAGAAAGUUCAAGAAAGGUAAAGGGUUAAAACGGUUAGUUUCUGCUGCGAGCGAUGAAAUGGAAGUAAUUGAAGAGUUGGUUUCUAUUGCUAAUAAAAGAAAGCAAAUGGCAAUUUGGUAA